AUGUUCCUGGCAAACCAUGCCCUCUUCCCCGUCGACUUCGUGCUCCUUCUGGACUCCGGCGAGUCCGGUGAGAACAGCGGCCGUGCACGGUUCACGAACGGGGUCUCUAGUCGUCGAGGGCCUGAGCCACCUGAUGAUGCGGACAUGACACUUUCGCUGUCCUUUACUGGUGAUGUUGCUGUUGUCGCUGCUGCUGCUGCUGCUGCUGUCGUUGUUGUUGGUGUUGUCACCCAUGUCGCGCCAUUGUCUGGUGUUGUUUUGCUGAUAUCACCUCUUGCCGCGCGAGCCAUACGUUCCAUGUUCUUGAUGCUGUCCAUAAACCCUUCGGCGCUAUUGGGACUUGAAGUCGGGUCUUUUAGGAACGAAUUUCGGGCCCGCAUUAGUGCCCUUUCCGUCGAGAUGUCUUCCUCGCCGAGGGUAGCGUUAGGGCUGAGAUUGGCUUCUGGGUGUGGACGUCUUAUGAUCUUUAUGUACGACCCCGGGUUCUGCCGGGUCCUGCCAAGCAACGCGUAA